GUUGUUAAAGCGGCUGGAAAUAUUUUUGUAAACUUCCUGAAGUUGUCAUGGCUCCCUUUGGAAGGAAUUUUUUAAAAGCUCGCCUGAAAAAUAGGUCCUCCAGUAAAGAAAUGGAGUCUGAUGGGAAAGAGAUUCAAGUAUGGGUUUGCCAGGAAGAGAAGGUGGUUUCUGGACUGACUAAACAUACAACCUGUUCUGAUGUGGUCCAAGCCUUGCUAGAGGAACAUCAGACUACAGCUGGUGACAAGAGCCUUCUGAUAGGAAGCCCCAGGGAAUAUUGUCUUGUAGAAAGAUGGAGGGGUUUUGAGAGGGCCUUGCCUCCAUUAACCAGGAUCUUGAGGCUCUGGAGGGCCUGGGGAGAUGAAAAAGCAUAUCUACAGUUUGUUCUGGUAAAAACAGAUGCCUUUGUUCUCCAGCCAGGCUGGAGGUCAUCUGAGACCAAGCAAACACAUACUAAAGAGAGACGAUGGAACCAAGGACCAGCACAAUUCAUGAAGUCCAUGUCAGUGGAGAAGCAGAAGAAAAUGGUGAAAAGGGCAUUCAGGAAGUUAGAGAAGAUAAAGCAGGGGACUACACAGCAAGAGAGGGAUGGUAUGGACAGCCUGAUCAAGUUAAUUAUAGCUCAAGACCACACCAUUAGGCAGCAAAUACGAAGGAUGAGAGAACUCGACCUGGAAAUUGAACAAAAUGAAUUGGAGUUGAGUACUGAAUGGGCAGAGACUGAUGGGGGAAAUUGUGUAAAAGAUGUCUAUUUUCCAAGUCAUAACAAGCACAAAAGCAGCCAGGAAGAUGUGAGUCAAUUCGAUGAGAAUCUUUACACCAGUGAUGGGAUUUUACAGCUAGAGGAACAACUUGAACAGCACAGGGUGCUUAUUCAAAAGCUGUCUGAUGACAUUGAAAAAGAGAUCAAGAGUAUUUGGUUUCACGGUGUAGAGGAUCCACAAGGGGCAGCAGCAAGUGCAGACUAUGACCAUGAGGAAGAAGACAAUGCUACAGAAUUAGAAAGCAUCAAAGUGGAGCUGGAAAAUAGCAUGCACAAUGGCUUGGCAAUACACUCAGACCUUUCAGGUGUUCAGAAAGAACUGAAACAAUAUGACAUGGUGCAACAGAACAUGAAACAGGAAUGUGAACUUUUAGCAGCUCAGCUCAGUGCAUUGCACACAAUGGACAAUGUGGAACAGCCCCAUUUUGUAAGUUGUAAAGACCAGACAAAGAGCAAUGCAAUACAAAGUAAGGUUUCACAGAUACUGUCCCAUACAGAUGUGAAUGAUACAGACUCAGAUACCGGAAUAAGCUCUACACACAGCCAGGACUCGUUGUCUCCUUGUGGGGAGAUGCCUCAUCCACCCAUAUAGUUUCACAAACCACACAUCACAAAUAUAUGUAAAUUAAUAUUCAUUUAUUUUUUUUAGAUCAAUCGAGAACACUGUUUUAAGGAAUGUUUUUUGAAAAGGGUUCAUAAACAUUUUUCACAUGAAACAGUUGAAAAAGGGUUUCAUGAACAGCAAACUUGAUCAAACAAAAAAGUACUUAACAAAACAUUUUGUGAAUAGGCUCAUAUUCUUUAGGACCGGAUUACAAAAUUUAAAAAAUUGUUUAUUAUGUAUGGAGAAAAAUUGCAUUUAUAAGUACCAAAUAAAACAGGAUAUAUAUGAACGAAAAGUUGUUACUUUUAACUCACCUUCUCCUUAUGAUCACAGACAUCCUCUAGGAUACCCACAAUGUUUAUAGCUUCACAACAAUAUACAGCAAUGAACAAAAGUCUUGCAGCACACUAUAGAAUUGACUAAUUUUGUUUCAUAAAGUCGAAUGAAACCUGCUGAAUAAUGUUACGUUAAUAUAUUGAUUUACAUACCGCUUUGUAGUUUUCCAUAUAUUUAACAAAAACUGACAAAUUAAAAAAUGUGACAUUUCAAAAUCUAACAUUAAAUACUGUACUACUAUUAUGGCUUCCAGUAGACUUUUGCAAUGUCAUUGUGUAGUUCCUUUGAUUAAAUUAUGUUCAGAUAUAUUGUUUUAUUAUUAUGUCUCAAUCCUAAAGUUCUAGGAGAUGCUAAACUUUUGGCCAUAGCUGUAAACCAUCUUUGCAGUCUGGUUUGUGAGGCUUACAAAACUAACUUGGGUUAAAAUGUCACAGCUUGGUACUUGGUAAUAAUGUGAUUUAAUGUUUACAUAAAUCGCUGCUAACACCAUGGAGUGGGUAGUUAUGAAAGACAGCUUUUAAAAUGUGCUGAAGAUUUAGUUUGUUUAGAUAUGCUUUUGAUUUUGCUCCUUGCUUAAGAGUGUUUAUGUUUUAACGCCCAAUUUAAGAAACUGGUUAUUCUAAAGUCGAGUUGUCUAACAAUACCUUUGCUACUUACCCUCUGAAGGCACCUAGCCUGCAGCACCAUCAGCUGUUUUUCUUACCAUCCAUGGAGUCUUCCAGACUUAGUGGCUCUGACUAGAUAUGAUUGGUGCAUGUGUUGGCUAGCUGUUCACUUACCCCUAUCCCACAAUAUGCUGGCACUGUGGCUUCACCAUCAACUGUCUACAUACCUUACAUUGACACAGAAGGAGAAAAAACAUAAAAUAUAGGUUCCAAAGAGGUAAAGUCAUAACCCCUUUCCUAUAGGAAAUGUAGCUGGAAAUUGUCUUAGAAGUGCUUUUUAUGACAGUAUUGUCCAAAGCUAAUGUAAUAAAACUGCCUCAAUGCUGUGAGUACUUAUAGGCUUAUAAUUCUGUUAUUAGGUGCAAUUCCAUCAUCUCUGAAACAUUGUUUUACAGUAUAGAACUGAAAAAAGAUCAUUGUUGUCUUAGAAAUGGCUUUAUAGCCAUACGUAGUCUAACAUUAUUUUUGUAUAAAGCUUUUAUAGUGUUAGUUUUGUAAAAAAAAAAAAAUACAGUGACUACUUAAUCCUAUUUAAAGAUUCCUUUACGUAAAUUACUCAGAGUUUAGAUCACACUUCCUUCCCCAACCACUGAUCAACAAGCACUUGCAAUCUAGAUGUUUUAGUGAAAUGCAGUCAGUGAAAUGCAGUCUGCUCAAGCUCCUAAUCAUCUCGGUUGCUCCAGGUUUGGAAAAAUGUUUUACUUUGACACAUACUUACUUUGACAACUUCAAUGCCCCUAGAAUAAAAUUACACAGCAAUACAUAUUUUCUUCAUCUAACUGGGUGGAGCCUUUCAAUUGUCACAGUUGAGAUGUGGUAUGAUACCUGUGAGCAAUCAACAGUGAAUUAAUGAUCUACCCUCAUAUCUUCCUAUCCUAUAAUAUGAUUAGUAUCAAAACAAUGUUUUGUGAUGUGGGUAUGAAAUACCACUUAAACAUAUUUAAGACCUCGCCCAAUUAUUAUAAUCACUUGUGAAAACUUGUAUUAAGGUGUAAUACUGUUUGGUCUUUUGAAUAUGUUUAACAAUAGUAUAACACAUUUUAAUAAGGAUUACUCAUUUUAAUAAGGCACUAGGGGUAGGUGUACUAAAGUGUUGCGCCUGUCGCAAUAGUUGCAAACGAAUCCGAACUCUUGGGUGAAAUGUACUAAACAAGUGCAAUGCUAUUUGGGAUUUUUUAGGGAAUGCUUUGUGGCAGCAGUUUCUGUUUGUGGUUCAAGCAUAGAUGAAUAUGUAAUUAUGGGCGUUAUUUCAGCGCAAUGAUUUAUACAUUUAAAAUACAUUGAGCACUAUAAAUGUAUGUGUGUGCAAUUUCAAACAUGUAUUUAUUUUAAACCCAACAUCUCCUAACAAAAACAAUGUUGUUUUGAUUCUUGGACCCUUGCAUGUAUAGCCGUUAUCCUUCGGGCACCCUCUGCUGCAGCAAACCACAACUCAGCUCACGCUAUUUAUUUGAACAAUGUCGCAUGACUCUCACAAUAGAGAUCUCGCUAAGAAGACGCAACAAAUAUUUAAUUUAGUAUACUGCUGCUCUUUUCAUAAACAUAUUUUUUCCUAGUACAUACAACAAAAUGUAUACUUUGACAAAUGUGGUAGGUUUGCUCUGCGAUUGGCCCAUCUUAGUACACCUACCCCAUAAAGUUAAACUGAUAUUUCAUAAAGCAUUGUCCUUCACAUUGUUGUAUGUAUGUAUGCAGGUAUGUAAUUUGUGUACUUUGCAGUAUAAAGAUGUGUCAUUCUGGGAACACAUUUUCUCUUUUUAAUUUGCCAGACUCUGCCAUGAUCAAAGUACUGUGUUUAUUUAUAAGAAGAAUGUUUUAAAAGUUGUUAAUGUCUAUUUUUGUAUGUUUCAGUAGAACAUUCUUUAUUUUAUAGAUUGAUUUAACUUUUUCCUCCUUGUAAAUAUAAUUAAAUAAUGGUUUAAAUGUUGUAUUAUCAUGUGAGAAAGUGACAUGUGUUUUCAAAAACAUAAAAUGACCAAAAAUAAGAAUAUUUCACUGCACUAAUUAGCAGAAGCAUGCAUAUCUCUUCAGUGUGUCAAUGAAUAUACAUUAACAAGUACCUCUUGUGUUGUAACAUCUCAUUUCUUUGAGGUUCCUAUACUGAGCUCCUGCAGCAACAUAAUACACCCUAGUGUUAUUUUUAAAUGUAUAUCAUAUUCAAAGUAUGUCGUACUGAAAAGAGAUACUUCUAUUGUAUUGUGGAUUAAAGAUUCUACAUGAAUGAAAAAAACUAUAAUGCAUUUUAAAAGAUACUGAAAACCAAAUACAAUCUAUUACAGUCCAUUCACACAGAUAGUUACGGCAUAUUAACUCCAGUAGUAUUUUUGUUUUAUGUGUAACAUAAUCAGAAUAAGCUUUCCUGUUUACCGUUCAUAUUGUGACAUUGAAUGUUGUGUAUGUGAUAUUAUGUUAUAUAUUGUAAGUUACUCCACAUGUGUUUCAGUAAAGUUUGUUAUUUUAAUAAAUAUGAAAGUUGUAAAAUAAAAGCCCUUAAUAUUUAAACCAUGAACCAUCUGAAGUUUAUACUGUACGUGUGGUAUGAAGACAGUGUUUUUAUUGUGUUUAUCAAAAGAAAAUUGGUAAUAAUGCUUCUAAAACAGCAAAACGUCCUGUAUUGGUAUACUAUAGA